UCGUGGAAGUUUUGAAAGCUACCUAGAGAUCAUCUUUUCCCCCCAUUCCUUCUUUCCCCAUUUGGCUUGGCUUGGCUUGGCUCGUUCCCCUUGUUAAAUUCCGUCCGUCCUUCCUUACUUCCCUGCCAAAAACUUCCUGAUUCAUUUUGUUUUUUUUUUUUGGUUUUUUCUGGAGAAUCUCAAGGAAUUUGCGUUGCAUUCCUCUCUAAAUUUCUAAUUGUUUUUCAAAAAGGUCGACCGUUUCUUUCUUUCCUCAGGCCUCACUCUUCCGCUCCUCCCUCCUUUCAAAUUUACAGAAAUGCAUUGUCAUACUAAAAUGAUAGCCCAAAAUAUAAAUUGAGGCUCUCUGCCUUUUAUCUGCAUUUUUUCUCCUUCUGAUUUUCAAGCUCAAGUGUCUUGUGAUUUUCUCAAAAGGCCGGACCCUAAAGUUUCCUUUCCGGUCACUCUGUUUCUUUCUUCUUUUGCUUAUUUCAAUAUUUUCUCCAUUUGUUUUCUUCUAGAAAUUCAUAUAAGGAAGAAGCGAUCAGAUUCUGUUCUUCCUUUGUGCUUCUGGGUUUCUUCUUUUCUCCAUAUACGGGCGAUUUUUUAUUUUUUUAUUUAUUUAUUUAUUUUUUGGAUUCCUCCCGGUUCACGGUGAAAACCCAUCGGUCAUAAGCGGGAGUAGAUUUGUCUUGAAAGGUUGCAUUGUUUUUAUUAGAUUUCGGCCUUCUCUUUCCGCAUAAGCAUUGCUGCAUUUCCAUUGAAACGCUGUGUUUUACUUUCAUUCUAUUAUCGAUCUCUUCAUUUUAUCACCACAAGCUUCAACUCUGUUUUCAGAACCAUUGUUGGCCCAGUGGUGGGUUCAGUUUGAUCGUUAUUUUCCCUUGUUCAGAACUGCGUCGGGUAAAUCUUCCUCCACUAACUCAACUUUUUUCGGCAUUAUCGCUGGAUUUUUGGGGAUCGGGCGAACCCACCUUCCAAAAACCGUUUCCUUUCAACUCCACUUCAGUGAAGAAUAAAGUACGCCUUUCUCCAGCUGUGUACCUUAUAGGACCGAUCUUUGCUUGGUCAAUUUCUAGCUACAGCGAUUUUCUUCAGGCCCAUCUCUGCAAAAUUCAGUUUUCUGUAUAUCUGGGCUGAUAGGAAAAUGACCAAGCUCUGGUUUUUAUCCUGGGUUCUCUCUGUUUGGCUACUAUUGGAUUCUAUUCCUGUUGACAGUCUUGGGGUCAACUGGGGAACAAUGGCAACACAUCCGUUGCCACCUCAUACUGUAGCUCAGAUGUUGAAGGACAAUGGUUUUCAGAAAGUGAAGCUGUUUGAUGCUGACGAGUCUACCAUGAGUUCAUUGGCUGGAAGCUCGAUUGAAGUGAUGGUCGCCAUCCCGAAUAAUAUGCUUGCUGAUAUGAACGACUACAACACGGCCAAGCAGUGGGUCAAGAGAAACGUCACUGUGUAUAACUUCAAUGGAGGUGUAAACAUCAAAUAUGUAGCAGUUGGGAAUGAACCUUUCCUUGCAUCGUAUAACAACUCAUUUACAAAUAUAACCUUUCCAGCCCUUCAGAACAUCCAGAAUGCACUAAAUGAGGCUGGGGUUGGAGACACCAUAAAGGCCACUGUACCCAUGAAUGCUGAUGUCUAUUUCUCACCUGACAGCAAUCCUGUCCCAUCUGGGGGAUUGUUUCGGGAUGACAUCAGUGGACAGAUGACUGAAAUUGUUCAGUUUCUGAAUAAGAACAAUGCUUCCUUCACUGUCAAUAUCUAUCCUUUCUUGAGUCUCUAUGCCAAUCCAGAUUUCCCUGUUGAUUUUGCAUUCUUUGAUGGGACGAGUAAACCUAUAAAUGAUAAUGGGGUUUUAUACACAAACGUCUUUGAUGCAAACUUUGAUACAUUGGUUUGGGCUCUGAAGAAAAUUGGAUAUGGAGACAUGCCCAUCUUGGUUGGGGAGGUUGGUUGGCCAACUGAUGGAGACAAGAAUGCAAAUGUGCCCUAUGCCAAGAGAUUUUACAAUGGGCUCUCGAAGAAACUUGCUGCCAACCUAGGUACUCCAAUUCGUCCUGGGUAUCUCGAAGUGUACUUGUUUGGACUUAUUGAUGAGGAUGCCAAGAGCGUUGCUCCUGGUAAUUUUGAGCGUCACUGGGGAAUCUUUAGACAUGAUGGGCAGCCCAAGUUCCCAAUGGAUCUCUCAGGUCAGGGCCAGAACAAACUUCUAGUGCCAGCAAACAAUGUGAAAUAUCUGCCUCAGCGCUGGUGUGUGUUUAAUCCAAGUGCCACAGAUUUAAGCAAACUUGCAGAUAACAUCAAUUAUGCUUGCACAUUUUCUGAUUGCACUGCACUUGGUUAUGGUUCAUCAUGUAAUAACUUGGAUUCUCAAGGAAAUGCUUCUUAUGCAUUUAACAUGUAUUUCCAAGUUCAGAACCAGCAAGAUUUAAGCUGUAAUUUCCAGGGUCUGGCCAUGAUCACAACACAGAAUGCAUCACAGGGUACAUGUGAUUUCAUGAUUCAGAUUGCAUCAUUCUCUUCCUCCCUCAGACCUUCAGAAGUGGUUUUAGCAUUCAUAAUGGUGCCCAUGCUUUUUUUUGUCCUGUGAAGCUGCUGUAGAUACGUUAUUUGUACCCUUUUUUAUAUAUUUUUAUUUUUGUUAGUGUUUGAAGCAGACUUUUAGAUUAAUGCUUAUUUCUUUCAUCUAUUCAAUAAAUCAUCGUUGUUCAUCA